AGAAUAAAAACCGACAGAAAAUCCACCUCUUGCACUUGAUCUUAGUUUAAAAUGUUCACCCAGCCUUAGCUGGACAUCCUGUAAACCCAGACCUCGACGGCAAGCCCGAGGCUCAGAGCAUGAAGACUCCGAUCUCUCUCAUCGUGGUGACAGGAGUGGCAGGAGUGAUUGCGAGCUCUAUAGUCACAAAAGAUGGCGCGGUGAAGCACAUGUUUGGCUCAGAACUUCCAGACAGAGGAUCAGCACCUUUACUGAGCAGCGCCAACUCCACCAGCCCACACACCCGUGAGCAAUACUCUUACGUCACUCACAACCAAGAUGAAUCUGGCGUGAAAGGCAACGUCAGAGCGAGGAGAAGAUCUUCACAGUUCCCUGCAAUGGACACGGUUUCCAGCAGACUCCCGAAGCAGAAGGAUUACUCUCAUCUAGAGCCUCCUUUGGCUCUUCCAUCACGAAUGGACUUGCCUCAGUACGGAAACGAGGGAGUCGGACUCGAUUCCAGUUCUGUUCCUCCCGUAUUGAAGCGUAAAGCUUCCGCAAUGCAGCGUAAACUUUCUUUCAAGAACCGUAAACCUUCCGAAGUUGAUGACAACCAAGAGAAAUCGUCGGCGUCAUCUUAUUCAUCGUCGCAGUUGACCGACAACGACUGGUACGGCUCUAUUGAAGAUGCGUACGACGACGCUAACGAUGAUCCCCCCAGCCCCUGGCUAGACGACGAUGAUGAAUAUGACGAAGAACCUAGGAACUUUCCGAAACAAGCAAAGUCUAAAACGGAGCAAAUCAAUCCGCGAAAGUUUGAGAAAAUGAUUGAUCACUCCUUGAAUCCGCCGAGUCGUCAGAAGGAGUACUUAAAGCGCUUGCUGAGCAGCGUAGACCCUCCAACAAUGUCCACCGUAGAAGACCCUGAACCCAUCUUCCUGCCAGCUGGAAAAAAUAAAAACAGCGUCAUUUACUCGUCACUCAUCGACAUGAUCAACAUCGCUGAGAAUCUGCGCGUCAAGAGACCUUCGGCGUCUUAUGAUGAGUCUGAGGAAGACAGUAGGUCUGAUGUGGAUCUUUCCGACCACGACCUCCUCAACGAGCCCGAAGAACCCACCGACCGAGGAGCGAAGCGGAACAGUGAGCAUCCUCAGGUGGCGCUGGUGCAAGAUCGCGGCUUGAGUGACGAGCCGACAGCAGACGACGAUGGCGACGACUGGGCCUUGCCCAGGAUGGGGCCCUGGGACCCCGCUGACACCCCUGUCGCGACUGCCGUGCUGGGCUCCAUUAUGCUCUUCCUUAUACUUGCCGUGGUGGUGCUUGCCCUGCGCGUGCACUGCAGGAACAGAAGUAAGCAGGCGCAGGAGUGGAUCAGACAUCCCACCAUGACCCCCACGCCCCAAGCCCCGGGUGCGGUGCAGCCUUUGAUUCAUCAUCCCCAGCAGGAGCCCAUCCGUAUAAAGGCGAAAGGUCUUCUUGAGCGACGAGGCAGCAACACAAGCCUAACUCUAGAGCUGGGGCCUGACAGCCUGGACAGUCUGGUGCCCUCCAGGGAAUGCACCCCCGAGGACUUCCUCCUGACGGCGGGCAACAGGCUCAGCAGGAGGGCGCUCAGGGAGUCCUUCAGGGACCCGCGUCUCCUACACGCCGAGUUCUGGGAUAUACCUACCAACCACCCCGACAGAUGCGCCGUACCGGGUUCAGCUGCCAAGAACCGUUACAGAACCGUACUGCCCAAUGAAGACACAAGAGUGGUUCUCAGGACAGCAACGGGUGAACAACAUCCCGCUGACCAUUACAUCAACGCAAACUACAUUAGGGGGUACGACGGAUUAGAGAAAGCCUACAUCGCGACUCAAGGCCCACUGGUACACACAGCCGGUGAUUUGUGGGAGAUGGUGAUGCAGGAGAGGGCGAGGGCUGUGGUUAUGAUAACCAGGCUCAAAGAGAAGGGCAGGGUGAAGUGUGAACCUUACAUUCCAGCGUACAGCGCGCAGCACGGCAGCAUCACGGUCACUGUUAAACAAGUACUCGAGAAGAACGGGUAUUCCAUCAGACAAAUCCUUCUCAAGAAAGGUGACGUGAGCCACACGACACUGCACUUCUGGUUCACUAGCUGGCCUGACCACAAGACUCCGUCGUCUGCUAGACAUCUGCUCAACAUGGCGACCGAAGUCCACACCACCAGAAAAGAGUCAGAAGGGCCUGUGGUGGUUCACUGUAGCGCGGGGAUCGGACGCACAGGAUGCUUCAUCGCCAUCAGCAUCGGCGUCCAGCAGCUCCUCGAGGAGGGGGCUGUGGACAUCUUGGCGACCGUCUGCCAGAUGCGCCUGGACAGAGGUGGCAUGGUGCAGACUGCCGAGCAGUACGAGUUCAUCCAUCGAGCACUGGCUCUUUACGAAGCGAGUCUUCCAAAUACAACUUCUGACUGACGGCGGGCUUCAUCUUCUUCUUCAUCGUCAAAGCUGCAACUUCGACAGAUCGGUCCAAUAGAGCCACCUGCUCAGUUCUGCUCAAAUGGCGCCACUUUACCUCCCGCUCAGUUCCGUUUGCCCGGGAAGUCUGAUUGCAUCACGAACGGAGCCGCUGCAACGAAAAUAACCAUAGCAGCCAAUACUUCAACCACUGACGCAGUUCUGUCAUCAACCGAGUCCAAUGAAACCCCCAAAGAACGAAAUAUUAAAGCUUCGUGUUGCCCAGAAUCAGAAUUAAAAGUCACCGCCGCUACGUGUGGAGCCCUUGAUAAUACGGCGAACAAUAAAGUCGAUGUCGUAAGUUACGAUGAAGAAUUUGCGGACGGUAAACCAAGAGAAAUGUGUGCUUUAGGGAACUCCAACAAUAAAAAUCUAACGUCAAACAGCGAGCACCUGGGUAAGUCUUUUAAUUUGUACAAUGUGAGCAGCAGCCGACGAAGCUCACUCAAGUCAGACCCUAGCGUACCGGGAGGCGGCCCUUUGGACUGGUUGAGAAACACUUUCAAGUCGCCGUCCUCGUGUCCCAACACCGGAGCCAGGACCUCGCCUACCAAUAGUUGCAGUUCUUCAGCUAACGUCAACGGUAACUUAGAAAUAAACCAAACCGAGAGAUUGUCGCCCCCGGAGAGCAAGAGACAAAGAACAUUACUCGAGAAGACCUGCGCCAUAUGGGAGGGUUUCGAGCCUUUAAAAACUUCGCGCACGCUCACUGUAUCAGAAUGACGCCAGCAGUCGAGAUUCUGAGCGUUGAACGUCACGCAACAAAUCCAAAUAUCUUAUUCACAUAGAGUAGCUAGUGUACUAUGAAAUUAGACAAAGAACAUUUCAGCUCGUACAAUGCAAGUACCUACCGAAAAAUUACGCCGGAUUAAUUUUCAGAUAAUUUAAUCUAAAUAACUUUGCGAGUUUAGUUAAAGAAAACGAACAAAUAGUUUGUUUCACAUAAAAUAUAAUACUUGGUAUCUAUAAGAGCUUUUUGUGGACGACACCGCUUGGAAUUUUUGUAAUUAAAUCCAUCCAACUUCUUGAGAAAUAUUUAUAGCAAUACGUUACAGCGCUACUGACAAUAAAAUUCGAAUAUAUAUACCAAAUACACAAAAAGACAAAAAGCUUUUCAAAGAGGUGGGAUAAGCAUACCUCAUUACAUUCGUUGAAAACAAUAAACGUACAAAUUGGCCUCAAUAAAUAUGUACGUUAAACGUUAAAUUGACCUGCAUAAAUGGCUCACGUCCGCAUUGUGGUUCCGUCGGAGCGUCUGACCAUAAGACCGGAUCGGCUGCAGGAUGCUCAAGAGAAUAAAGGCCGCAUUCAAUGAAAAUUUAUUAAUUACUUUAAGCAAAAUGUCUGAGCCGGUAGUGUAAACUAUUGCGUGUCAGUUAUAAGGAGUGUUUUAAUCUAUAAGGAAUGGUUCAGUGCGUGUGCAGCAUAAGUAAAGCCAUUGUGUUUUCAUUCGUACGUAGAUUAAAAAUAGAGGCUAGAGCGUUAUAAAAAUUGUUGUGCGUUAACCUAAUUGUUACAUGAUCACAAAAACCCCAUUAAUCGAAGAAAUAACUAACGCAGAAGUACUUCCAAUGCAUCAUGAUCUGCAUUAACAGUUUAGAAUAGAUAAACCGCUAUUCAUUCCCGCAGCUGCAUAUAGAGUUCAGUAGAUUGUAUAAAUCAGAAAAAAAAUUAGUGGAAUAUUUGCUUUCCAUGUCGCCAUUAUAAGAUUCGCAGGUCUAUAUUUUAUUCUAAUGAUCUAUAAGAAAUUAUUGAUGUUUCAAGAAUGGUUCGACUAAAUAUUAAGUCGGUCAAUCUGUUGAUAUUACGUUUAGAGUUACCGUUGAAAAGUUUGUGUGUAGAUUGAUGAAGGUAUGAACUCGUUAAGUUUAUAGUUAACUUAAAUAAGAUAUGUUUCCUUAUGUCUAGUAUACACGGAUGAUCUAUAUUAUAUAACUAUGUACAUUAGAGAACUGUGGUGGUUACACACAAGAAACUAACUUAAGCUGAAGUGUCUAUUUGUUAUUUAUGUGUGGUAGUCUAAGGCAUUGUUUUGAAGGUAAGAAAAAUCCGGAGAGAAAAUUUACGGCACACCUAAUGACGACUGCCGUGGCACAUCAGACAAAACAGUUUUGCACCACGCAUCGCCUUUUCAAUCAAAUAUGACAGCGAAAUGAUUUACUUGUCACGUCAUAAUUUUGUAUACUUUAGAAUUGAAUAAAAAAAAUCAGUGAGUUUACGCCAAGUUCGAAGCGAUUACAACACGUAAACUUGUAUUUACAGGUUUGAAGCCUGAUGUUUCCACAAGAUCUGCUUAAUCUUGUAUCAAGUCGACGCAACCAAUGAACAAAUUUUCUAAGUUAUGCCCGUUUUCAUCAGUCUCGAUGAUCGAAGUUUUCGGCUACUGUGAAUAUAAUUUGCAGAGAUCAAAGUUUAAUUGCGAAUGAUUGACCGAUAGAUUCGUUGAUUUACGACAUGCAAUCGUUGUCGAAUAUUUUGUUCUGACUUUUAAAGCCUGUCUUAGCCGCGGCGUGAAAUGAAUCAACUGGAACCCUUUUAGGACGUCUAUUAAUACGAUAAAUUCGAAUUAAGAGUCUUCAGCUCUGAAGCAAAUUCAUUCAAAUAUAAUAACUUUGCCCUGAAAUACAAACCUUUCUCUCGUCCUCGCUACCUACAUUAUCUUUCCCUCUCAAUGUCCAUAUUUUACAAGAACAUCUCGCUGCGAAAACAGCGCCGAGAUUUCUAGCUUCAUAGUGAAAUUGUGCGGCGUGUUGGAAUUCGUAACAUCAUUGAUUUCAAAGAAAUUUACGGCAUCAAACUAGCCCCAUGAAUAGUUCAAUUUCGAAGUUAUGAGCAUCAAAGAUUGUAUAAACUAUCAUAUUUUAGCUCAAUCCUACCCUAGGAAAGGACCUCGAUAAGAAAAACUCAAUUCAAUAUCGGAUUUAAAAAGAAAAAGAAGUGCAAGAGAAUCGAGUAUCUAAGCACAGAAUUGUGAAUUUCUUCUAUAGAUUUGUGUUAAGCCUCGUCAACAUUUGACACUAGAAGACAAGUUUCUAUAGAAGGCAAGUUUCGUGAUCCACUUCGUGGCAGAGAUCAACAUAAGCGACAUCCUAUCAUCGAAUGUCUGUUCUUUCGCUGAGAUGGCAUCGCCUCCCGCGUGCUGACAAUAAAUAGACAGAAUUAAAUUCAUGAUCGGUCA